AUGCAUCUUCUCUAUUACUCGCCCGCCGUAUCUAUUCAUUUAUUUUUUAAUCUAUUUAUCUAUCAAUUUGUUUCUUUUUAUCAAUCUGUCUAUCUUUUUCUAUUUAUUUAUCUCUUUUUAUCUCUCUCUCUCUAUCCAUUUAUCUAUCUAUCUAUCCCAGUUUCUUCCUUUUCUAUCUGUCUGUUUUCGUCUCUCCGUUAUCUAUCUACCUAUGUCUUUUUUCUAUUUAUCUAUCUCUUCUUUUCUAUCUAUCUAUCUAUCUAUCUAUCUAUCUAUCUAUCUAUCUAUCUAUCUCUUACUUCUUCUUUCUAUUAUAUAUAUAUAUAUAUAUAUAUAUUUACAUUUUUUUCUUAUUGCCGUUCUUUCUUUCUUUCUUUCCUUUCUUUCUUUCUUUCUUUCUUUCUUUCUUUCUUUCUUUCUUUCCUUUUCUUUCUUUCUUUCUUUCUUUCUUGUUGCAUGGCGACUUAUCUUUUUGCAUAUUCAGAUACAAAAAUUGUCUCUUGA